GUCACCUGACUUGCAGCAGCUGCCGGAAAUCUCGCGCCUCAAAGAAGAGGGGGGGAAAAGAUGGCGGCGGAAAGGGAACCCCCUCCUCUUGGGGACGGCAGGCAGACCGAUUUCGAGGAGCUGGAGGACGGCGAGGACCUUUUCACCAGCACCGUCUCUACCCUGGAGUCAAGCCCUUCCUCUCCAGAACCAGCCAGUCUUCCUGCUGAAGACAUCAGUACACAUUCUAAUGGUCCUAAGCCUGCAGAAAUUAUACUAGAUGAUGACAGGGAAGACCUUUUCGCUGAAGCCACAGAGGAAGUUUCUCUGGACAGUCCAGAAAGGGAGCCAAUACUUUCUUCAGAAUCUACUCCGGCUGUCACUCCUGUUACACCAACUACACUAAUAGCACCCAGAAUGGAGUCAAAAAUUGUAGUUGCCCCUGUGGAUUUUGAUAGAUCCACAGAAGAGACUGAAGAAGAAGCAAAUGGGGACCUUUUUGAUAUUGAUAUUAAUGUGUCAGAUCCAGAGAAAGUUGGUGAUGGCAUGAAUGCUUACAUGGCAUACAGAGUAACAACAAAGACUUCACUGUCCAUGUUUCACAAAAAUGAAUUCUCUGUUAAAAGAAGAUUCAGUGACUUUCUUGGCUUGCAUGGCAAAUUAGCAUCUAAAUAUCUGCAUGUUGGGUACAUUGUGCCUCCAGCUCCAGAAAAAAGUAUUGUAGGUAUGACUAAGGUCAAAGUAGGCAAGGAAGACUCGUCGUCUACAGAAUUUGUAGAGAAAAGAAGAGCAGCAUUAGAAAGGUAUCUACAACGAACAGUAAAACACCCAACCUUGUUACAGGAUCCUGAUUUAAGGCAGUUCUUGGAAAGUUCUGAGCUGCCGAGAGCAGUUAACACCCAGGCUCUGAGUGGAGCAGGAAUAUUGAGGAUGGUAAACAAGGCUGCCGACGCUGUCAACAAAAUGACGAUCAAGAUGAAUGAAUCGGAUGCAUGGUUUGAGGAAAAACAACAACAGUUUGAAAAUCUUGAUCAGCAACUUCGGAAACUUCAUGGUAGUGUAGAAGCCUUGGUCUGUCACAGAAAAGAACUUUCAGUCAACACAGCUGCCUUUGCUAAAAGUGCUGCCAUGUUAGGGAACUCAGAAGACCACACUGCUUUAUCAAGAGCUUUGUCUCAACUUGCUGAAGUUGAGGAAAAGAUAGAUCAGUUGCAUCAAGAACAAGCUUUUGCUGACUUCUAUGUGUUCUCUGAGCUGCUCAGCGACUAUAUUCGCCUUAUUGGUUCAGUAAAAGGUGUGUUUGAUCACCGAAUGAAAUGCUGGCAGAAGUGGCAAGAUGCUCAGGUGAUGUUACAGAAAAAACGAGAGGCUGAAGCUAAACUUCAACUUGCCAACAAACCUGACAAAUUACAACAAGCUAAGGAUGAAAUCAAAGAGUGGGAAACAAAAGUUCAACAGGGAGAAAGGGAUUUUGAGCAAAUCUCCAAAACAAUACGCAAAGAAGUAGGGAGAUUUGAGAAGGAACGUGUGAGAGACUUCAAAACUGUAAUAAUCAAGUAUUUGGAAUCAUUAGUGCAAACACAACAGCAGCUGAUAAAAUACUGGGAGGCAUUCCUACCUGAAGCCAAAGCCAUUGCCUAGAAAGAAGACACUUUCAAAUAUGAAGACCCCUUGGAUGUUUGUCCCAAUUGAGCUCAGUUCCACAGUGAAAUCACUUUAAAAUCAUCCAAAUAAACCACUAUAUAUUUUA